GAGGUGCAUUGUGGGGAGGAAAGUCGUUGCCAUUCGACCUCUGCGGGGCCUGCGCGGACGCAGCCAGAACCCUGAAAAUGCCAGUAUGCCCCUAAAAGAGCGAUUGUUUUCCGCAUAACUGAAACACUCGUACCCGCCGGGCACCUCGCGACCGAAAGACGACGAUCAACGACGGCGUGGGUGACAAGAGAGAAGACGGAAGGGGAAAAGGAGCAUUUGCCGUGGCGGGGGGGAUCCUGGUGAGACAUUUGUCAUUAGCGCAAGAAAAUGUCCGGCGAGAGAAACCGCAGGUCGCUGGCGUUCCGAGGCGGUGGACUUGCCGGGCUAACGGGCUCCGCAGGCUGCGGCGGAGGGAACGGUAGCAGCUGGGAGGCCCCGGCCUGUCAGGACCGACAUUUUAACGGCAACCGGCCGGACCAAGACGACGACGGGGACCUGGGGACGACGGGACCAACGCGGAAACGACUGGAGGGCGCCGGCUCGGUGAGCGACAGCACGGAGCCGGACGCGGAGGAGGAAGAGGACACGGAGGGGGCGGCCGGGAGCCGCAGUCGCAGCGACGCCGAAGGUGACGCAGUCGCCAACGGCUACAAGGAAGCGUGCACUAAAGACCUGACGGAGUCCGGGAGCGCCGAGGCGGGACCCAGGAAAUGCGGCGUGGGGAUGAGACCGCAGACGCUACUCCAGAAGCAUUCGCUUUUCCACGCGUCGUGGCUCCACGAAUUCCCAUGGCUGCGCUUCUGCCAGCAGACGGGGCUCAUGUCGUGCUGGUGGUGCCGCGACGCCGCCACCCGGAACGGCGACGAGCUCACCAAGGGUAGCAGGAGCUACAAGCGGGCCCUGCUCCUCCGACAUCACCUGUCGGCCGAGCACGGCAUGAAUGACCCCAGCAAACAGGAGUCAGGAAGGCCAUCGGACAACGCCAGCCCCUCCACCAACUCCUCGGAGGAGGACUACCACAACAAGCCCAAUGAGAACUCCUACUGCUACCAACUGCUGCAGGAGCUGGACAAGCAGCGCAAGAGCGGCAUCCUGUGCGACGUCAACAUCGUGGUGUCGGGCCAGGUGUUCCGCGCCCACAAGAACAUCCUGGUGGCGGGCAGCCGCUACUUCAAGACCCUCUACUGCCUGACUCAGAGCGAGGUGCAGGACCAGGCCACCGUCACGCACCUGGACGUGGCCGCCGUGCAGGGCUUCUCAGUCAUCCUGGACUUCCUCUACUCGGGCAACCUGCUGCUCACCAGCCAGAACGCCAUUGAGGUCAUGUCGGUGGCCAGCUACCUGCAGAUGACCGAGGUGGUGCAGUCGUGCCGGGCAUUCAUCAAGGACGCGCUCAACAUCAGCAUCAAGCAGGAGGCUCCCGACUCGGUGCUGGUGGACUACAACAAGCGGCAGACGCUGGCCAAGGAGGGCCAGCGGGGGCGCCCCGACCGUAAACCCAGCAACUUCUGGGCCACCACCAUCCUCUCCAAGUUGUCCAUCAAAGCCAGCGGCAACAGCCGGGCCAAGGAGGCGGCGGGGGAGCUCGACAAUGGCGCCGCCCGGCUCAAGGAGGAGUCCACCGACGUGGAGGUGACGCCGGUCGGGGCCGGUCCCCCCGGCGCCCCCACGGGAGCCUGGACCCAACACCACCACGAAAACUCGUCCGACUCGGCCGACAACGAGGCCCACGCUCGGGUUUUCGUCUGGAACGAACCGGGCGCGGCCGCCACCAUCAAACACGAGACCCCCGACGCUGCUGCUGGCAGCGGGCGCCGGAAAAAGCAGGCCACCACACGGCGCUUUGUCUACAACUUCCCGCCCGAACCCGAGGAGGGUUUUGACGAAGGCAUGUUCAUCCAGCCGUCCGCCUCCUACCCCCGAGAGGACUUCUCGGCGCUCUCGGAAAAUGCCGAGCUGGCCAAUCAGAUCCAGUAUAGCAUCAUCCAGCCUGGGGAGUCCUGGGAGAAUGGAGAGUCGUCGCUGCUCUCCAUCAACAAGCUGAAGUGUCCGCACUGCAACUACAUCGCCAAGCACCGGCGCACGCUCAAGAGGCACCUGGUCAUCCACUCGGGCGUGCGCUCCUUCAGCUGCGACAUCUGCGGCAAACUCUUCACCCGCCGCGAGCACGUCAAGAGACAUUCCCUGGUGCACAAGAAAGACAAGAAAUACAAGUGCAUGGUGUGCAAGAAGAUCUUCAUGCUGGCGGCCAGCGUGGGAAUCCGCCACGGCUCACGGCGCUACGGCGUCUGCGUGGACUGCGCUGACUCGCACCAGGCCAGCCAGGAGGGCCUGGAGCCCAUGGAGUUCCCCCGGGAUGACGACUUUGAGGCCGACGACGCCGACGACCUGCUGGACGCCGACAACGACUCAGCCGACCACGAGCGAGCCGGCUGGGCCCGCCGGGGCGCCACCCCGCUGGAGGACAACAAAGAGUUCUAGCCUCGCCUCACCCAAAUUAUUUUUGCUUUGACUAUGUAAGCUGGUAAACAAUCAACUCCAAAAGUGCUCUCCAAAACCUUGCGGUUGCUUGAUUAUGCGAGUUUAACAAAAAAAAAAAAAGCUUUGGUAGCGUGGGAUCCCCGCCAUGUACAGAUUUAAUUAUUAUUGUAAUUAUUAUUAUUAAUGCUCACAAAGAAAGAUUAUAUAAAAUCAUCAAGUUGUUUUUUUGGGGUUGUAUAUUUCCUUUGAAAUAGGCGGGGAGGGCUAGCUAGACCAAUCAUUGGAGACAAAAUAUGUUAAUUAUUUAAUUUAAGAAGAUUUUAUGGUCUUAUCACAGAUCUAAUUUUUAUCAUUAUGUUUUUUUUUCCUUUUUCUAACUUGCUCCGUAGAUGGCAUUUAGUUGCGCUAAAAUAUUCUUUAUUAUUCAAUUUUUCUUUCCUUUUUCCGUUUACCUGUGCAAGUCUUGGAACCAAAAAAUCUGUUUGGUGACUUUAGCGUUCUCACAGCCAUAUUUGUGUUAUAUUAAUUUGAAAGACAAAAAAAAAGAAAAUGGCGCUGUGCUGACAUCAUGCCAAACAGAGCGCACACCAAGAUGGAGCAGGAAAAACUACUGAAUAUACUUCAAAGAAAAGACACCUUUAUUAUUUCAUUUUGUUCAUUUAGAGUUUUAAGACAAAUUAUUUAAAAGUAUAAGAAGUAAAGUGCGGGGGGGAGGGGGACCGUUAUAUCUAGCUUUAUACCAAUCGCCACGUCACGCUAACACUUUAAAAAAGCAUUUGACCUUCACUUAAAGCUUGAAUCAUUUGAUGUUUUUUUUACCCUUUUUUAAAAAAAAUUUUUUCCAAAUGACGACGUUUGGUGCUGUAAUGCUUUGUCGCAGAAUACUGGACCUACAAAACAAGCGAGGCUUUAAUUUUCAUGACGUCUGUCAUCAUGAAAAAAAAAAAAGCUUCAAUUGUUCAACUGACGCUUCACCUCCUCUACAACACUAUCGCCUCUUUCACGCAGAGACCCCGCCCAAAAACAAACCAACACCCGGCAUUUGUCCGCUUUUGCCUUUCACACCAAACCCAGCAAAAACUGGCCUUUAAGUCUUAGCAUAGUCGUCCUAAAACUCCAACAAGACCCGCCCCUUUUGUGCACAGAUUAGAAAAGGGGGGGGGGGGGAAGAGUGAGGGUUAAAGUUAAUAGACAAUAGCAGCGCAGUAUACAUUUAAACAAAUACUGGACCGACGAUAAAGCUUUAAUUUUUAUCAUUUUGCUUCCUUCCUACAACACCACCAGCUAGCCUCUCUCACACAAAAACAGACGCAGAGAAUUUGAGUGUUGAACUCCACAUUCCUGUCCCGCAUUGCAGAAUUCCGAACCCAAGCAUGGCUUUACUGGUUAUUGUCAUUCCAAACAUAAGCAACCCUGCAAAAAUGGGCGAGAGGUGAGUGCGGACGAAUUUGGCUCCCCUGGCCCGGCAAGGCGCUGGACCUCAAGUGUAGCUUGAAUUCUUGACACCCAAAAACCCUCCCCCCUAUCUUGACGCCGUAUAAGACUUUGAUACAACCUCCGAGGCGGGUAAAUUGCCGGGCCGUGACAAAAAGAGGCGGAAAAAUGCCGGUUUUCAAGGGGCUUCUGUGGACUAUCAGGUAAUCUUUGCCAUUUUUUUAAAAUUGUUGCUUUUAUAAGGCAGUACAUUUCUGUGUGAAAUAUGCGUUACGAGGACCUAAAGCGGAUGUCUUUUUUUGUUUCUUUUUGGUACAGAGUUGUAAACGCCAUUUAUAUCGCCGCAUAUAUUUGGAAUCAAGUAACGGUGACUGGACGUCCAAAGUUGUUUUGAAAUGUUUAAUUUGGUCUGCCAGGUAGUUUGUGUGGUUCCGCCAGACAAAAAUGAGUGAAGCUCUAUGGCGCCAUCAUAGACAUGCACUUACUUUUGAAAUUUUUUUUUCUCCCAAAAGCGGGUCUGAAUGGAACUUUUCUUUUUUAGCGGUUUGUUAUUUAAUGUACGUAUAUCUAUAUCUAAGUAUAUUGACUCCUAAAAUGCAAUCAAGACUGUUAAUUUCUAUUUUGUCCAACCAAAAUUGUUAUUUCAUCUUAAUGUACGGGAGGGAGGAGCCGUGCGACAUUCCCUUGGCCCCUCCCCUUAGUGAUUGUCCCCUCCCACAACUUCAGCACAUGUUUUUCGAAUGGCACACGGGGGCGGUAGUAUUUAGCAAAACGCAACUAAAAAUAUCAACGUAUAGCCAGUGUGUGUUCAUAUGCAGUUUGUACCCCUCAUCUUCCUCCUCGUGUCACUUUCAAAAAUCACUGUGGGUGGGGCCUGUGAUGUAAUAGAUACAAUAUGGAGAGUCUAUGAGUAGAAAUAUAUGGAAAAUUUGAUAUUUAACUCCCUUCCGCUUUGCGCUGCUUGUCCUUGACUUCCUGUCUUUUUUUCAUUUUUUUUUAUUUGCACCAUCCUACUGAUUUUUUUCAAUUAUUUCUAAUGCUGUAUUUAUGGACAAUAAGCAAAACAAAAGUAUGCCACCACACUACAGAUUUUUGUUUCCCCACAUACACACAUCCAUCCAUCCAUCCAUCCAUCCAUCCAUCCAUCCAUCCACUUCCCGGCUGUAUUUGUUUUACACUAAAGAUAAAAAAAAAAAGACAAAAGUUGUGUUUUUCAACUUAUUUGCUCUCUGACAGCGAUGCAAAACCCGGUGUCCUCCGAACACAAAAUAAGCAAAAUUCAGGUUACUCUUUUUAUGUUUUUACUAGAACUUUUGAAAGAUUGAACUUAACAUUGUCCUGGUUUGUUGCUCUUCUCUCUGUUUUAAAUCAAAUUGUACUACUGUUCCUCUCUAUAUUACAUUUUAAAAAUAAAACUUUGAUAUUGCUGAAA